AUGAAUAAUCAAACAUAGUUGUAAAUAUAUAACUAUUUAUUUUAGUUCUAACCCUGUGUAUCAAUCUGUUUAGACACCAAUGAUGACGUAAUUAUUUGAUAAAUAAUAGAAUGUAUUCUAAUAUAUUUACAUCUUAAACUCCAUUUCCAUCAUCUAAAGGAAUAACUCAAGAACCUCUAGUGACAGCUAUGGAUCCAAUAAUUGAAGAUAGAACUAGUGCAGAGUUUGGAUAGCAUAGUCGACACAUCUCUUUAAAUUAUAAAAUAGUAGAAAAUGAUUUGAGAAAAAUAGUUGAAAAGAGAAAUUAUGUAGCUUGUAACAUAUUUUGA